GGGCAGCAGCAGCUUUUGGUUCAAAAUUCCAGUGCUGUCAAUCCACAGGUGGCAAUGGGAUCCACUGUGGGACGGGGUGACAGCAGGAGUGGUUUGUCUGUUGGGUUCUGAGCCCAAUGCUCCCCUUGAAGUGUAAAAACCCUGGACAAUCAGCAGCUGAUUUUCCCUCAGCCACAUUUCCCCCAUCCUUCCACCUCCCUGCGUUUACAUCCCAGGUUUCCUCUCUGUGUGGCACCGUUUUGGUAGUGGGGGGCUGCAGGGAAGCAGAGAUCCACCUGCAGCCCAUGGAGGAGCCCACCCUGGAGCAGAGCAUGCCCGAAGGAGGCUGUGGCCCCACAGGGAGCCUGUGCUGGAGCAGGGUGCUGGCAGGACAUGUGGAGAGAGGAGCCCACAGUGGAGCUGCCUAUUCCUGACCCUGUGGAAGGGAUCCACACUGGGGCACUGCAUGAAGAGCUCCUUGGAGAAGGAGGACUUCUUCCGUGGGAGGAACCCACUCUGGAGCAGGGGCGGAGUGUGAGGCAUUCUCCUCUUGAGGAAGAAGGAGCAGCAGAGACAGCAGCCCCCAUUCCCCAUCCCGCUGUCGGGAAGGAGGCGGAGGUAACCAGGAGCGAUUCCGAGCCGGGGACGAAGAGCGGAGCGGGGUGACGGCUGCCGGCCAUCUCCUUGCACCUCCUCAGAGCCCCGCGGUGAGUUGACGGGUGACAGGCGCCGCCAGCUCGGAGCCCAGCCCGUGCCGGCUCCGCAGGGACCCUCGGCCCGCGGCGCUCAGGGCGCAGCCGCGCCCGCGUCACGUGGGCGGCGGGGCCGCGGCGGCUCGGGAUCGGCUCCGGAGCCUGCGGGAACCGAGCCCUCCUGCCUCCGCCGGAGCCUCCGGUUCUGAUCCCUCCUGCCUCGGCCGCGGCUCCUCCGGGCACGGAUCCCGCUCCGGCUCCUCCGGGCACGGCUCCCACUCCGGCUGCGGCUCCUCCGGGCGCGUCUCCGCUUCUCGCUCCGGCUUCUCCGCUCCCGGUGCGGCUGCCCGGCCAUGGGGGCUCUGGCGGGCGCGCCUCCGCCCUGAGCAGCAGCAGCAGCAGGACCCAGCGAUGUUGCGGGGCCAGGUCAGUCUUGAGGAAGAGAGCCAGAAUCCACCCUCUGUGGGACACUGGAAGCCCCUGAUGCCAUCCAAAGGCGACAAGGAGGAGGCAGAGAGUGGAUGCCAGGAUGCUGGAGGUGUGCAUGAACCGCAGUCCACAGAGCAGCUCAACGUGUCCCGGCUGCGCAGCUCCUCUGUGGAGAUCCGGGAAAAGGGCUCGGAGUUCCUGAGGGAUGAGCUGCACAAAGCACAGAAGGAGCUGAAGCUCAAGGACAAAGAAUGUGAGAGAUUGUCAAAAGUCAGGGAACAGCUGGAACAGGAACUGGAGGAGUUAACAGCCAGCCUGUUUGAGGAAGCCCACAAGAUGGUGAGAGAAGCCAACACCAAACAGGCUGCGGCAGAGAAACAGCUCAGGGAGGCCCGGGGCAAGAUUGACAUGCUGCAGGCAGAGGUGACAGCCCUGAAGACGCUGGUGAUCACAUCCACGCCAUCCUCCCCGAACCGAGAGCUGCACCCUCAGCUGCAGAGCCCUUCCAAAGCUGGCUUCAGGAAGGGCCACGGGCGGAACAAGAGCACCAGCAGUGCCAUGGUGUCAGCUGCCAGCCAGAGCGUGGCUCCAGAGCCUGUCAGCCGGGAGUGCAGAGAGUCUGGUUUCCCUGCUCUCCUCUCCCUGCUCCUUUGCAUCCUCCCUGGGAAGGCUAUCCACAUCACCUAUGAGCCAGGCUGGCAGGCCUUGGGAGCAGAUGCUUCCUCCUUCUCCUCUUCCUCACGGCAGCUGUUGCUGGUCCCAGGUCGACUCCAUUUUAUUUGCCGAGUUCCAGGCCUGGAAGGAAUCUCCAACUUUGGACAAAUCCUGCUCCUUCCUGGACAGAAUUUACCGAGAAGAUGUAGGACCUUGUCUGGACUUCACCAAGCAGGAGCUGUCGGAGCUGGUGCAAGUGGCAGUGGAGCAGAACACCCUCACCAUCGAGCCAGUGGCUUCCCAGACUGUUCCUGUGGGGAAGGUGGCAGCAGAAGAGUGUGGUGGCCCCAAGUGGCUGAAUUACUGGAUCUGUGCUGUGCCACUGGAUUGCUGAAGUGCUUUUCCCUUUUCCUGCAGGAAAUGUGCUCUGAGCGGCCUCCCCAGGACCUGCAAGCACCGGAUCAUGCUGGGGGAUUCUGGGAAUUACUACUACAUUUCCCCUUCCUGCAGGGCCAGGAUCACAGCAGUGUGCAACUUCUUCACUUACAUCCGCUAUAUCCAGCAAGGCCUGGUGAGGCAGGAUGUGGAGCUGAUGUACUGGGAGGUCAUGCGGCUCCGGAGGGAGAUGUCUCUGGCCAAACUUGGAUUUUAUCCCAGCGAGAUGUAAGCAGAGCCCUGAGCAUGGAGGAAACUGCUCCUGGAGGAAGGGCUUGGAGUGCAGUGCCUGUCCUGCUCCCUCCCUUCCCUCUGCCUGGAGCAAGGAACAAGAGGCACAAGUUUCACCUUCAGCUGUCCCACUCCUCCAAGUGUGACUGGAAUGCAGCUGCCACGCUGCCCCUGGAGCUGGGCUGGCCCUGGCUGCUCCAGGAUGGCCAUCCAUAGACUCUGGAGUCUCCUAUAUGCAGUGUAUAUCCAUUUUUUUAACCUUUUGUUUUUAUAUGCAGCCUGCUUUGGCAUAACCCGGGGCCAGGCCUGUGCAGGGUGGGAAUUCUGGACCUUCCUUGUGAGCCAGCCUGUCAGGACAGAUGCUGGCUGUCUGUUCCACUCGUUUUUUUGGGAUGGAGGGGGUGCUGUCCCUGAGGUCCUGCUGACCACAGCAGCCCUGAAAAUGCCAGCAGAGCACAAUAAUCUUGGACAGUUUGUUUCCAAGUACUUCCUUGUUCCUUUUCAAGGAGCCUGUGAGAGAAUCUUGUUGCCAGCAGAGUCACAAAGAGGGAUUUGUUCCUGUUUUUAGCUGCAUGUUUGGCACUAGGUUGUGCAGGCUGGGGAAUGGCUGGAGCUGUGCACCUGGGGCCUCCAGCAGAAGAAAGGGAGCAGGGAAAUUCCCUAGCUCCCUGCAAGCUGCAGGAUUUUUUCCCCUGGACUAGAGAAUCUGCUGGAGUAGUCAGAGGCAGAUGCAGGACCCUGUGACAGUCCCUCAUGAUGCUCCUAAACACAAACCUCACCCACAAACAAGACUUGGAGCUGUUCCUGCUCUUGAGGGGGCUUUGGGCAGUCCUGUUCCCAGUCUUCAGGCAGAACUCUUGCCCCAGGUUGGGUUCUUUGUGUCUCCAGGAGGAGCAUGCCCAGGAUGGGCAGCCCCAAGGCCCAGAGAUUCCUUCCCAGUGUUACAUCAGACCUGGAGAUGCCUGUCCACUGGGAAUCACAACUUUUCCUGGGCUGCCAUUCCCUGGUGAGGGAAUCUGAGACCUCUUUGUGUGCACAUGAGGAAUGUGGCUGAGGUUCCUGCCUGCCUCAAAAUGUGCUGGGAGGGAGGCAUGUCACUGGAGCUGUAGGGAUGCACAGGCCUGACACAUCCUGAGCCCAGACCCAGGUUGAUUAAAGCCAUGACAGUAUUUUGUAGCCUUUUUUCAGUGACUCUGGAAUCAGCUCAGCCAUCACCCACUCUGGGGUUUCCAUUUCUGACAGGGUUGUCACCCUGUCCCUCUGCCACCCUCAGCAAGCUGGUGCCCAUCCUCAGCUCCAUUAUUCCAUCCUUUCCUGAAGGAUAUUACAGUAGGAACUUGAUUUUCUUCCACUGAGCUGCUGGAUUUUAUCUAGGGGAGAGAGAAAUAACACGGCUUUGGUUUUCCCAGCUGUGGAUUUCAGUUCAGGUGAAUUCCACCCCUGGAAUUUCUCCCUGCAUCUCUUCCCCCAGCCUUUCUAUCUUUCCAUGUCUUCCUGUGCUGUGGGCUGCUACACUGCACAAAAAUGUUGCAGCAGUGGGAAUGAGAUGAUCUCCCUGGCUAGGAGAUGUUUUGGUUUGUGGGAUAUUUUUUCCCCCUUGGUGUCACAUUGAAAAGCACUUUGAGACAGAAGGAACUGGAGCAAUGCCUUGUCUGAGGUUGUCUUGCAUUUCAAAGCAGAGAACAAUUUGUGAAGGAAAAUGAAGUCACUCCGUUAGCAGUGGGAUGGUUGCACCCUGCUCUUUCAUAAAGGAAAAUAAACAUUUGCUAUUAACCUCUA